GUUGCUACAUCCACAACAACAGUCGUUCCGACAACAUCAGCAACUCCAACCACAACCACAACCACAGCUACUCCAACCACAACCACAGCUUCUCCAACCACAACCACAGCUUCUCCAACC